CCCCCACUUUCCUUUCCAAGCGCGAAACCCGGGCCGGCUACGACGCGUAUAAAAGCGCACGUGAAGCAGUCCACACACAUAUACACACACACCUCAGCGCGCGCGCCACUUCUGAGUUGAGUUCAAGGACUUCGGCUUUAGAGUUUUAGAUCUCGAACCUGCAGCUUCACCUCAACACCAAAAAUGAGUGUGCUAUUGAAGUCGUGGACCGCUAUCUUCACCCUGUUCCUGUGCGUCCUCCUGUAUCUCAGCACUGUGGUGGACGCCUAUCCGCCCAAACCUGAGAACCCCGGAGAGGACGCGGCGCCCGAGGAGCUGGCCAAAUACUACACUGCUCUCAGACAUUACAUCAACCUCAUCACCCGGCAGAGGUAUGGAAAGAGGUCGACUCAGGAGGCAAGUCUGGCAGACCUACUGUUCGGAGACAGCAAUGAGCACAACCAGCGAUCAAGGUACGAGGAGUCGUUCAUGUGGUGAUGCUCACUGUUGCCCCCUGCUGGUCUCCUGUGCCUCCUGCUCCAGAGCCUGCCUCCUGCCGUCGCUCUUCAUCCUCCUCCUCCUCAUUUCUCUCCAUUGAACUGUACAUAAUUUAUUACUAGACAGAGAAAGCGUGUCUCUGAAAACA